UCCCGGGGCUGGCAAUUUCAGACUGGCGUGCAGGAGCGGAGUGGCUUCAGUUUCUGCUACCGUAGCCCAGCCGUAGUGGUCAGGGAUUCAGUCCCAUCCCCGGAAUCACCAUGCCUCGCUCCUUUCUAGUCAAGAAACAUUUCUCCACCAGCAAGAAACCCAACUACAGCGAACUGGAGAGUCAGACAGUGAUUGUGUCUCCACACUUGUAUGACCAGUCCUACCCGAUGUUGGCCAUUCCAGCACCAGAGGUCCUCAGUCCAGCAAUAUGUUACCCUCCACUGGUCUGGGAGAGUGGGCUGCUCUCUAGCUUCUUUACCUCGAUGCCAGCAGCUGCUCCUGGACCCCCAGAAGAGCCCAAGGCCCUGGACCUGACUUCUCUGUCCAGUGAUGAUUAUGACAGUGGCAAGGGGUCGGAUCCCCCAAGCCCAGUCUCCCAGGAAGAGGAGGCAGAGAAGUUUCCCUGUGGUCAGUGCCCUGAAUCCUACACCACCUUGCCUAGCCCUUCCAAACACCAGCAGCUCCAGCACAGUGAAGACACCCAGCCCAGAAAAGCCUUCAUCUGCAAGGUCUGUGAGAAGGAGUACGUGAGCCUCGGUGCCCUCAAGAUGCACAUCCGGAGCCACACGCUCCCCUGCGUCUGCAAGAUUUGUGGGAAGGCCUUCUCCCGGCCCUGGCUGUUGCAGGGUCACAUCAGAACCCACACAGGGGAGAAGCCCUUCUCCUGUACGCACUGCAGCCGCGCCUUUGCCGACCGCUCCAACCUCAGGGCCCACCUGCAGACCCACUCGGACGUCAAGAAGUACCAGUGCAAAACGUGCUCCCGGACUUUCUCCCGAAUGUCCCUGCUCCACAAGCACGAGGAGACGGGCUGCUCAGGCUCCCGCUAAAGGACUCCGUAAAGAAGCCGCCCGGUGCCUGCCUGGAUUCUCCUUCUCUCCCCUGCCAGGAACCCAUUCCAUAUUGUGAAAAAAGCCAAGUGAAUAUUUGCCAUUAUGAUUUUCCAGGAAAAAAAAAAGGUUUCUAUAGGAAAUAGCUCCCUCUGUGUUAACUCCAGCUGUGGAGCAACAUUCCCGCUCUGCCCCCCACCCCCAAUUUGCUGCUGCAGUCUUUUAGAGAACAGAACCCACCCCCACCCCCUUUGGGGCUCUGCCUUUUUUUUUUAAAGGCCGUUCCGGCAUUUCCUGACUGUAGUUUACAAUUUGAAGCGUGACAGUUGCAGCUGGUGUCUGAAAAUGUCGCUUUACAGUCAGUCUCAGGGGGGUGUUGUCAGCCUCCUCCAGGACAGGGGCUGGGAGGGGGGAGACGGCUAUUUUUUCUCUUUUGGUGCUUUUAAACCCAGCGUGUUGGGGACCGUUCCUGUUCAGAAUCCUACCCAUUCCCACCUCUCCCUUCUCCAAAAUGAAGGACAAAAAGGCGAUUGCGGAGGCAUCCCGAGGAACCUCCCCCGGGGGGUUCUGGGGGUUCUGUCCGCUUUGGCUAGAGGAAGCCCCUGAAUGUUCUAAAGGUGGACCUGUGCCGGGUACCUCCGGGUCCAGCGGUCAGUCCCAGUGAUGGACCCUCGGGAUGCCUGGGCCUCGGACCCCCGAAUCCCUCUUUCUAGGGUGCUUCCGAGCCGGAGCACCUGUUAACAGGACUCUUAACUGCUUUUCAAGAGAACUGUGACUAAUAGUAAGCACUUGUCAGUCCAUACAAUGAGGGGGCUGUGCAGGGCCUGGCCCACUGACAGGUGUGUCCUCAGAGCUAUUUAUGGUGCCAGACAGGUGCAGCGAAUAGGCAUCUCCGCCUGGUGGCUGUUGUUUUUUUCACAUACUCAGAAGAUGUUUACAUUUCAAAGGUACACUGGUAUUUAUAUUUUUAUGCCACAUUUUGUACUGAUGAAACAUUUUUAUAAUUAUAUACACACAGUUUAUUGAUAUUCAAUAAAGUGCUUAAUUUAUAAAAUGAA